AUGUUACGGCAAUCUCUGAACUCGCGGGGGGCGACCUUCGCGGGGGAGCAAACUAGUGUGUUUGGAAUUGGAGUCGCCUUCAUGGCUUUUACCUUUGUUGUGAUUGCCCUUCGAAUAUACGUGAGAGCGGUGUUACUGCGCGCAUGGGGAUGCGAUGAUGAUAUUGACCUGAAGAAUCAGAUCUUAACAUUCGGUCUCAGCAUUGCGUCAAUACUGGCGGCAUACUAUGGGGUUGGAAAACACUAUGUAGAUGUUCCCGUGGAAGACCGAAUUCCUAUGCUCAAGGCAAGCCUCAAACAGUGUAUAUGGGCUACACGUCUCCUUUACGUCCUUGGUCUAGGUUUCAUCAAGUUGUCUCUUCUUUGGUUCUAUCUCCGGCUUGAAGCACGGCGGUACAUGCAAUGGCUUGUUUACUCCGUCAUCUUCAUCGUCCUGGGCGUGUCAAUUUCGAGCUUCUUCGUCGACACGCUGUCCUGUGUGCCUACCUCUAAAUUUUGGGAUUCAAGCAAAUCCGGUCACUGUAUGUCGUCCGCAUCCCAGCAGACAUUUUAUGAGGUCAACGGCAUCCUGGUCAUUGUCAUGGAUAUUCUGAUCUGGUCCGUUCCUAUUCCGAUGCUUUGGCGUGUUCGUAUCUCUCUAAUUGCUGUUCUAGGGGUCUUCAGCGUCGGUCUCUUAUCCAUAGCCGCAGCCUGUGUGCGGUACAACACCGUCCUACAGCUAGCAGACAAUCCCGACGAAACCUACGUCCUCGCUGCCUCGCUCAACUGGUGCGGCAUCGAGGCCUACGUUGCUGUCUUCUGCGGCUCCACCCCAUCCCUAUAUGUUUUUGCGAAGCGCUAUCUCCCUCGACUACUGGGCUCAUCCUACGCGCAAAAGUCCCACACUACAUACCCCGGGCAGAGCAACUCGAAGAGAUUCAGUGCAGCGUUCCGCGCAGCCUCGCGUCCUAUCCCGAGUGAAAGUCGGCUAGGUGAAAGUCAGGAUGCACUGCAUGAUAGCGAUGGCAUUAUGCUCAAGACCGAUAUUCAUUGGGAGAUCACGGAUGCGGAUGCAAUUGCCAUUGCCGAUGCGGAGGGAGAAGUUGGACCUCAUCAUGUACCAUAA